AUGGAAGAAAGCUUCACGGAAGCAGGUGCGGGGCCGCCAGCAAUGUACGUGUAUGCCGACGAUGAGGUCAUCGAGCCAGGUCAAGCGCCGAUGAUAGAUCUGCGGACGCUGAAUGAACAUCCUGGCUUUCUUCGAUCGGAAUACUUUGAGUCUGUUCUUGACAAGGUGACAGUGCCGCUUUUGCCGGCUGAGGUCGACAUCCUGCGUCGACCUGCUGCCCCACGUCGUCUUCGGCAGCCAACGAAAGAGCCACUGAACACUCAGCCUUCUCAAUGCCCCUCUAAUCUAUUUGAAGUGAGCUAUGUAACUGCUGUUUCUGUCUCUUACUCAUAUCUCCCCUGCUAG